AUGAGUCCACAAAGAUUAGUCCAUCUCCGUCACAGAGUGACGCGCUUUCGCUUUGCUGCUGUGAGUACUGCCGCACAAAAGAACGACGACACCUUUACCCGCGAAAGAUCAAUGUCGUCUCUGUUUAUUUCUUCGAUUUUACCGAGGAAAACUGGAUUUGGAGGCGUCUGUUUUACCGCGAACAAAACGACUAAUCAUCAUCGAAAAGUUUCCAUCUCGAGUCCCAAAGCAUCCGCCGCUGGUGAUGAUGAAGGCGCGAAGACAUCAUCAUCAUCCUCGUCGGAGAAGAAAUCAUCUUCGAAACCGUCGUCGUCUUUGACUGCUGGGAGAAAAAGAGCGACGACGACGAAAACGACGACGACGACGAGAAGAAAAGCCAGCGCGAGUAGUACUCGCGGCGCAACAACAACGAGUGCGAAUGUGAUUGAAAAUUUAUCCGAGGUGCGAGUGAAAACGAGAACGAAGAAAAAUGUAGGAAAACAUGGACGAGGUGCGGGGAGUUCUUCCGGCGAAGAAGAAGAGGAAGUGCUGCUGUUCGAACGUCGGUCGGUUUUCAACCCGAGUGGAAGUCACCGGAUGGAAAUCGAAUCCAAAGAGUUCAUUAAAGAGAAUGGAAGCGGAGACGUGUACGUUUCGGUGACAUUUUCGCUGGCGAAGAAGGACGAUGUGGAAGGUAACGAUGGUGAAGGUGUUGAAAAUAUGGUCUUACACUGGGCGACGAAGACGACGACGUCGGAGGAUCCGAACGCGUGGAUCAUGGCGCCGGAUGCGAUAAAACCGGCGAAUACGAGCGAGUUUGGGGACGGGAUCGCCAGUCGAACGCCGUUCGAUGGAAACGGGAAGCUCGAGUUUACCGCGAAGAAAGAAGACGUGAAAGAAGUGACGGAAAUUGUGGGGAUUUUGACGAGAGGCGAGGAGUGGUUGCACGCGGAAGAAGGGGACAUGAAAGCGUUGACGCAAGACCCGAAGCUCGUCGUGAGAGCGCCGCCGUGCGGAGGAUCGGACGACGACGCUUCCAACGACAUCUUUGGCGACGACCCGAGCGCUUCGGUGUUGAAGAAAGUCUGCGACUUUGAAGGCUCCGAUAACCGAAACUUGUUCAGUCGCAUAUGUCUUUUAAACGACGUGUUAGAGGACGCGAAAGAGUGCAACGAUAAAGGUUUAGGCAUCGUUUUGGCGUGGUUGAGGUUAUCCUCCACCAAGCAAUUGCCGUGGUACGAAGGGCACAACUACCAAGGGAAAGAUAUGGCGCACUUGCAAAAAGUCAUCGCCAGUCGCUUGGCAUCGGUCGCGGCGAAACACCCGGACGGCACUUCUCGACAAUACGCGAGAAUGGCCAUGCAGUUCGUCGCCAGAGGUGGCGGCAACGGCGACGAUAUUCGUUUGGGCAUUUUGAACAUCAUGAGAGAACACGGCAUUAAAGAAGGCCACCGACCGGGCAUCGAAGAUCGAUUCAUCGCCCAGUGGCACCAAAAGUUACACUCAAACACGACGCCGGACGAUAUCAAGAUUUGCGAAGCGUAUUUACACUUUUUACACACCGGGAACUGGGACGAUUUCUGGACGCACUUGUGGGAGAACGCGAAAUUGACGAGAGAAGAUUUAGCCGGCAUGAAAGCCGGUUGGAGAACCGAAGGCAUUUCCGGACCAGCCUGUCACUUACCGCACAUGAUUGACUCGUUUAAACACUAUUUAUGGAUUUUGAAAACGACGCACGGGGGUGCGGACGUCGAUACGGCCAUGGGGUUCGCGCAAGGUAAAAUUUCCGACGAAGCGCGAAACGGCGUCUGGGACAUUCUCGGUAACAGAGACGCGCAUUGGAUCCCGGGGAAAAUCGUCGAGGUCAGAAAGUGCAUGCUGAGCUGCUGGAAACACGACGGGGAACCGGACCGCGACGUAGUCAUGCUCGACGCGGCGUUGGAGAAGUUCUUUCGAACGAAAGUCGAACAAAUCGAUUUCACGUCCUUGGACCAAGAUUCCAAGUUGUCUUUGUUAGAGCUCGCGAUUGAAAACGUCGCGUUGACUGGCGAAUCCGAAAACAUGCAAAAAUCGUUGGACUAUUUACGACGCGCGCAAGGUGAAGAGUGUGGCCCGAGAUGGUCCGAAUCUUGGGCGUUGACGAUGAAAGCCGCGUUGGAUAACGUCACGUGUGCGAUUGCGAAAGACAUGGACGCUUUGUGCGCGGUUUCGAACAAAACCGCCAAAGCCAUCGCCUCGGUCGCCAAAGGGUCGGUUUCCGACGCGUAUUUGAUGAACUUUGGAGAAGAGAUGGUUCGAGGUCACGCGUUAUUCGUUGCCGCCGGAUUAUCGAACGCCGCGUUCAACGACGCUCGAAACGCGUGUAAAAACAAGUCGCCGUGGUUGGUUUCGAGCAACGGCGAGUCGCCGGACGCGUUGGCGAAGUGCGCGGGUAAAGUCAUCCUCCAAAACUUGGAAGACGCGCAAGGCGAAGAUUUUACGACCAAAGACGACGGGCUACCCGUCGUUUUCUUUUCCGAAAAGCUCGGCGGUUUAGAGGAUAUUCCGAAAGGCGUCUCGUGCGUCAUCACGAAGACGCCGGUGGACGUGUUAUCGCACGUCGCGAUUCGCGCGAGAAAUACCGGCGCGUUCUUAGCGUCCGUACAAAACGACGACAUUUGGAACGCGUUAAUUGCUCAGGAUUUUAAGUACGUGGCAGUUGCGAAAAGUUUAGACGGUAACUCGGUUGAGUUUACGAACGUUGAAGAAAGCGAAGCGAAGACUUUGUUGUCGACGAGUAGUAGUACUGCGACGUCCUCUGGCGGCGAGAAGAAAUCCGUCUCCGUGCCGAAAACGAAAGCGACGAGGAAAUUGGUCGUUUUCCCGGACGCCUACGCCGUGGGCGUUGUUGGUGGGAAAUCGCAAUCGUUAGCCGCCUCGGCGAAAGUGGCUGAAAAAGCGAACGUCAUCGUCCCGGCUUCUUUCGCUUUGCCGUUUGGCGCGUUUGAGAAGGCGCUGAAGAAAGAUCCAGAAACGAAAGCGAAUUUAGACGCGUGCUUAAAAAUUGCAUCCGCGACGGCGAAAUCGAACGACGUGGAAUUGCGAAGGAAAGCGUUAGCGAUGGCGAGAAGAGUUGUGAGCGAGGGAUUAGAGUUACCGGACGAUUUCGCGAAAGAGUUGGAAGCGGCGAUUGAACAAACGUCAAAAUCGUCUACGAAUAAAGUCUCCGUGGACGACCUGUGGGCAUCCAUUUGCGGCGUCUGGGCGUCCAAAUGGACCGAGCGCGCGUUCAAUUCUCGCUUAGCGGUUGGUAUUAAAGAAACUGAAUUAUCCGUGGCGGUUUUGAACAUGGAAUUGUGCGACGCCGAGUACGCGUUUGUCUUGCACUCGAAAGACCCCACGUCGAGCGAGGAAGACGGCGGCGCGGAUAUCAUGUGCGGCGAAAUCUGCGUCGGUUUAGGCGAAGCGUUGGUUGGAAACGACCCCGGACGCGCGUUAGGUUUCCGAGUGUGCAAAAAAACGAAACAAGUUUUGGAAAUCACGUCGCAACCGUCGAAACCGGUGGCGUAUUAUUCGCCUCCGAACGGGGCCUACAUCGCUCGCUCGGAUUCCAACGGCGAAGAUUUAGAAGAUUUCGCCGGCGCCGGUUUAUACGACUCCAUUCCAACCUCCGAAACUUCAUCCAAACCGGCAGAAUACAGCGCGUGCGAUUUGAUCUGGAACGCGACGUUUCGAGACGACUUGUUGCAAAAACUCUGCGCUUUAGCCGUCGACGUGGAGACCCUCUGCGGCGGGAAAGCGCAAGACGUCGAGGGGUGCGUCGUCGUCGAGAACGAUGGCGAAACUCGCUUAAAACUCGUCUUGUUACAAUCCCGCGCGCAAGUUUAA